UUACGUCAUCUGACAGGUAGAAGUACUAGGAAGUAAACGACAACAGAAAUGGCGAGAAAGUCGCUCAAAUUUAGCCACUACUCUAAAAUGUUACUCAAUUUGAUUCUAUAUAGUGUUUUUUGGGAGUUCGUAUUUGCCUUUUCGACACGUCGCGACUCAAGACAGUCUGGAAGUUCGGAGAAACCCACUUCAGCUGCUCCAAAUGAUCAACAGGUUGUAAGGCUUCAUUCAGGAGUUAUUGCGUCUGUUGUGGUCGUUGUUAUAGGUGCAACAGCAGCUGCUUUCUUCAUCAUACGCAAAUACUGCUUUCCACAGAGUAAUGCUACCUAUAGAUACUCAGAACUGCAACAAAUGGAAGAACAGAAUACAGCGAUAGAUCAGGAAGAUUCAGAUGAGGAUCUUUUGGAGUGAUCGUACCACAAUUUAUCCUUCACAUAUCUCUUACUUUUUAAUACUGUGACUUUAUAUGGCCCAAAGCAUCACAUGGGUCAUUUACAAACCACAAGGAGUUCCUGAAAUAUUUAUUUCUCUUCUCUUCUAUUCCUCGGAAUGAAUACCAGUUAAAUUUAGCUGGUGAAAUUGGUCAGAAUUUUAGAGCCAAGAUGUCUAGUGGCUCAGAAAUAUGAAGUUGCACAUCAGAGAUGAAAGUUACUGUUUUAUAACUUAUGAGAAGAUCUGUUAUAAUGGCCAUCCCUUAAAGCUUGGUCAAACUGCUUUUUUAACAGCACUGAUGAACGUAUUAGGUAUUUUCUUGACUUUCUCAAUGCAAUGUUGUACCAAAGUCUGUUGAAAUGAUUGUUUCCCUUUAUUUAUUGCGAAUGUUUGUGCCUGACUUUUAACAGCUUCAUGAUCUCAGGGUUGUUCACACUGGAAACUGAACACUGCCAGAAGCCCCAACUGACUAUAAUCCCAUCUUUUCAACUGUAAAAGUUGAUUUUACAUUUCAGUGCCUUACUGAAAUUGGUGUAUUCAUCAACUAUAUUUACUCUCUUAUGCUGGUAUUGGUAUUUGCUGAUGGCAGUGUUCAAUAUGAGCUGUAUUAAAAUGGAAUAGUUCUCCCACAAAUUAAAAUUUACUUGCAUUACUCGCCCUUAAGUGGUUCCAAAAUGUUUUUACUUUUUUUUUGUUUAACACAAAACAAGAUAUUUUGAAGAAUGUUGUAAACCGUCUACCAUGUUCUAAAAACAUCUACUAUGGAAGUCAUUGGUUACCAGUUUUAACAUUCUUCGAAAUAUCUUCUUAUGCGUUCAACAGAAAAAAGAAUCUCGGACAGGUUUGUGACAAUUAAAGGUUGAGUAAAUGAUGACAGAAUAAAAAAUUUUGGUGAACUAACCCUUUAAAGUGAUGAAGAAAAUACAGCAAUAUUAUGUACCAUAACUGUAUUUCUAAAAGCUCGGUUCAUGAUUAUGAAUUAUUUUUAAUGAUUGAAUUCUUCAGAUUUGUUUUGUAUGUUUGCACUUUCUUAACUAAGACUACUUCUUAAUACUUGACUGUGUUUAAAUAAAUUAAUAUACAUUAUUAUUGUGCGUUUGAUGAUUAUGCAGUGUUUGCAAUGCAAUGUUUUUCCACAAGAGGGCAGCAAACAACUAAAAUUAAUCUGCAUUUGACAGCUCUCCUAUUUCUAGGUCAGGAGAGGCUGGGUUUGUGUUAAUUUACGGGUAAAUUUGCCACUCCUUCAGGUAGAUCCUGUUUUACUGCACUGUUGUUCUGACUACCAUUCAAACAAGUGUUGAGAAGACUUCUUUUAGUGCUGCCAAAAAUGAGACUUCAAGAUCGCAUGUGUGUUCUCACAACAAUACUGAUCCUAUUAAUAUUGUGUUUCUACAUCAACGUGUCAAAACUCAAAGAAGCUGCAACACGAUCAUGUAACAUGCUUUGGGAUCACAUGGCAGCAUAUGAAGUUCUUGGUGUUGAUACAGACUGUGACAUUCAGGGUUUGUUUAAGCCUCAAAUGGGUUGCUGUCCACAUAAACAGUGCCCUGUCAACCACUUCUCCUUUCAUCUCCACAGUGGUGUAGCCGAUGUGGUGGCUGCAAAGAUUUGUUUAAAUAACACAGUCGUCAUGGGUGGCGUCAGGAAUAAUGCAGGACAAGGACUGAACAUUGUGUUUGCAAACGGUCAAACUGGUGAGGUUUUAAGAAGUAAUUACUUUAAUAUGGAAUCUGCAGAUCCUAAGAAUUUACUGGCCUUUCUAAAGACACUAAAGCCAGGAAAUAUACUUCUUGUGGCUUCACACAUGGACCCUACACCAAAGCUGACUGAUGAGAUUAAAGAUGCAUUUACUGCGCUGGGCAGCACGAUGGUCAAAUCACUGAAGCCAAGAGACAACUGGCUGUUUGCAAGCACUUAUGGAGAAAUUAAAGCCAGUCGUUUCGAAAAAUUAAUUCAAAAUGAUAUGACGAGGAACGCUUAUGGAGAUUGGCCAGAGAUGGGGGAAAUCGUUGGCUGCUUUCCCAGGAUAACUGAGACUGAAUGACUGAAUUUCAGAUCACCACGUUUGGGACAUUUCAGAAAUGGGACAUCAACAAGUCUUGUGUGCUCUCUUCCCUCCCUGAGCAAAUAAAAUGGAAGGAACUUUUUACUGUAGCACAAAUAUGGAACAUAUAAAGGGAAACAAAAUUAGCAUCUUUCUGCUGCUUGUUUCCAAACAUUUUGGAAAUUUUCAAAACAGUUUGAUGUUAUAAACCACACAUUCAAAAGAUAAUGACAGAGACAUUUCUUUUCCCAUACUGAAUUUACUUCUACAGUAUAUGAAGGUAACAAUGACCAUGUUUACAUGCAAACCAAUAUGCAGAUAUAACUGGUGAAAAGUCUGCUCAUUGAAGUAAGCUGUUGUCCUGGAUUUCACAUAAACCAGUAGCCGGUUAACAACGUUUUUUUUUAAUAAACCAGUUUGUUAGUGGCAUCAAAAUAUAAGAAUUUGCAUACUUAA